AAUACAUAUUAAUUGUUAUAUAGUCGAUCGGUACGUAGUUCAUUCGCAGGCAAGCCAUGGCAUCCCAGGAACAAGCUAGCUACAAGGCUGGUGAAACCAGAGGCCAUGCUGAGGAGAAGACAGAGCAGGUGAUGGGGAAAAGCAGGGAAGCGGUGGAUGCGACUAAGGAGAAGGCACAUCAGGCCAAGGAGAAGGCUUCUGAGACCACACAGGCUGACAAGGAGAGCACUCAGGAGGGCAAGGACCAGACAGGUAGUUUUCUGGGAGACAAAACUGAGGCAGCGAAACAAAAGGCCUCUGAGACCGCCCAGUCUGCUAAAGAAACCACGCAAGCAGGCAAAGAGAAGACUGGUAGCCUUCUCCAGCAAACUGGAGAGAAGGUGAAGAGCGCUGCACAGGGUGCAGCGGAUGCGGUAAAGAGUACUCUGGGCAUGGCAACAUGUACAGGGGAGGAUAAGAACAACAAGGAUGCAACCCAUGCAGAUCCUGACUACUAAUUAAUGGUCCAUCUUGAAGAUGCGCCUAAUUAAUUAAUUAUCGAGAAUGAAUGCUAUAUAUUAUGCUACCAUAAAUCCUAUGUACUACACUACUACUACUAUCUGUGGCUAGCUUGUAAUUUCAAGUAUCUGAUCCCUAGUUCCCAUCCUAAUUAUCUCAUGAUGUAUUGUU